UUUGUGACACCUAGUGCGCGCGCGCGCUGCACUUUUGGCCUGUGGAGCGCGGUAACCAGCAGGUAGAUCAGCAGCAUCUGUAGGUAGGUGCAAAAAUACUUCUCUCAUGUGUUUGUUGGGGGGCAAAAAAAAUUUUGUUCCCUUCUUGUUCUUCGGUACAGGACAAAGGCAGGUCAGCAAGCUGGAAGGUUAGACCAGGGAAUAGGACUGUUUCUUCAGUACCAAGAAAGGCAAGCUUGUAAAACAAACUGGACAGACUUUCAUUGUGCUCUUUAUCUUCCCUUAGCAGAGGUAAAGUUUAUGGCACUUGUUGGCAUGUUUUUCCUGACCCCCAGCUAUUGUGUCUGUAAUUUUUUUUUUUACAAAAUUAAUUCAAAAUUUCUUAAUACAAAACCUUUACUAGAGUUCUGGAGAAAAAAAGUGUUUAAAAUUCUUAUCGACUUCCAUUAGAGACCUGCUGAGUGCACCAGAGUUACUCAUUUUUAUUCAGACUUUCAGGGGUUAGUUCAUUUGAUUUCUGUUUAGCACUCAGAUUGCCAUGUUAACUGAUACCAGUUUAAAAAAAAAAAGUUUUUGAGUUAACCCUUUUAAAAAUGAAAGGACUUUUACGGAGUUUAGAACUUUGAGGUUUUUUCAGGGGGGUGGGGUGUUGGGUUUGUUUGUUUGUUUGUUUUAAAGUUUUGCUUUUUUCCCAUUCCUUAAACAAGAUCCAUUCACAUUUUAAACAGCUCUUGAAGUCUGCUCAGGAAUAUGGAAGGCAACAAGCAAAAUGCUGAGCUGCUUGGGCAUUCAAAAGAGCUAAAUCUGAGGGGAUUUCUUUUUUUUCCCGUGGUGGUGGAUAUAGUAAUGUUGCAUUAUACAGGUGUCUCUCACUUCCUAGGGAAAAGAAAUGCCGCCUUCUAGACCGUGAAUUCCUUCUAAUUUGUAUUUGAAUGCCUCUGCUCAGCAAAGCAGUGGUCCUUAAUUGCCCUCUAUUUAAGUGUUGGCUUGUGCAAACUGAAGAAAUUGUGCUUGAAAUUUAACUUAACUAUCAGUGGUAUUGGUAACACAUUUGGAAAAAUGUUUCUUCUCAAACUUCUACACGAAGGAGCACCAGUAAUUUUUAGAAGUAGGUGCAUAGGAAUCUGUAUGACACAAAGUCUGGUUUUGAAGGUGCCAAAGGUCAAAAGUGAAUAGUCCCAUCAAUACUGAAGAAGGGAAAAAAACCUUUGCACUUAACUACUUUUUUUUAUUCCCUUUGUCAAGCAGUCAAAAAACAAUAACUAAUAUGAGAACCCAACUUUUCCUCUCUUUAUUUUAGAUUUGGGAAAAUUCCCUGCCAAAAAAAAAUAUCCUGGAAAAUUCACUAGUGUUUGUGUGAGUAAAAGGUUCCAACCUUUUAUUAUUAAUUUGUAAGAACUAUUUCAUUCAGUUUUGUCCAAAAGAGUCAGAAAUACUUUGCACAGAAAUGUGCAGCAUUUUAAUGAAAGUGGUCAGAAUCACUUUAAUUCAAACUUUAUCUGGUCUGGUUGCAGGUUUUAUGGCAUUUAGUAUCUUUAAAAAAAUAAGAAUCAAAGUAUCUGACUUCACAUUAAAAAAAACCUGCUUGUGGCUAAAUAAAAUCAGUUUCACCUCUGGUGGUACCAAAAAAUCAUCAGCUGUUGAAUUGGACCUAAGCCAUCUUUUCAAACCUUCCGUGAUCUUGCAGCAAUGGGUAAUGAUGGAUAUAUGGAUUGGGGAACAGCAUGUGAUGGCAAACUUGUAGUAUUUGCUCUGAUGUAAAAAGAAAACAAAUUAUUUCCUAAAAUCAAAACAAUUCAAAAUUCUUGGUAUCAUGCAGCCAUGCCACUUGCAAAGUGAGCAUUUCCCUGCCUCUCAAAGCUUGCUGUAUCCUUGAUCUGCUGUCUUCCCGCUGUUAAUUGAUUGCAACUCUACGUGUCUGAUCAGGGCUAAAAGUUGUUCUUGAUACCGAUAUCAUACAACAUAUACUGUGCACGCUUGUGUGUAUAGAUAUGUUUAUACUGUAUGCAUGUACAUAUGUAUGCAUAUUUGUGUGCUGGCCUCAAAAUCACUCAUGUUAUAAAGCAUCGGCCUUGAAGGCAUAUUCAUCAAAAUAUCUAGAUCUUUCAUUUUUGCCAGUUCCCUCUAAAUGAGAGAUGUUUUAUGCAGUCUUAUGUGGCAAAUAGCCAAAAAUUCUAAUUUUUACUAUCACUCUUGCUGACUUUAUUAUCACUCACUCUUGGUGUGUGUAUAAACACAUAUGUGUAUGUGUAUACAUAUUUGUGUAUUUAUACACAAAAGUAUGUUUUUGCUGUACAGGUAAUAAAGAUGGGGGAAGGUUUUUGUGUUUUCUUAAUAGGUGAAGAAAUCUUGAAGACCAGAAAUUGCAACUUACUGAAUUUUAAAUUAAAAAAAAAAAAAAAAAAUUGUCCGGCUGUGGAAGAUGGAUCCUCAUUUUUGCAGCCACUUUGAAUCACAAGUUCAUCUUUAAAUGCACUGGGUUUUUUUGUUGGUUUUUUUGGUUUUUUAUUUUGUUUUUUUUUUGAAGAGCUAACUAACCCUGGCUGUCUCCAGUCUGACAGUAUUCAAAUGGACUUGCUUCCUCCAUUAGUUGUAAGAUGUUUAAAAGCACAUCCUAUGUUUGAAUUGUGGAUGAGAGGUUCCCUUGGCAAUGUGAGGAGAAAAAUUCUUUCUACCCCUUUAUUAUUAAUUCACGGAUUCAGUGUUGGUUCGGCCUACAGGAGAAGUUAACUGGAAGUCUUUGAAGAUCAAUAUCUUUGCUGAAGUUGUCCAGGGUUACUUAUAAAAAGAAGAUUUCUCUGAUCAAGCCAGUAGAAGACUUUCAGUCCAAGAAAGUGAAGCCAGCUCUUGCCAAGAGUGGAGGAAGUCCCUGUUGAGUGAACCUGUGGAACCUGAGCUUGUUCUAAGAAUUUGUCCGUUAUGUCUAACCAAGGAGAUGACUGCUACUUCUAUUUCUAUUCCACAUGUAACAAGGGAGACAGCUGUUCCUUCCGCCACUGUGAAGCUGCUCUGGGAAAUGAAACAGUCUGCACACUCUGGCAGGAGGGUCGCUGUUUCAGGAAUAUCUGCAGAUUCAGACACAUGGAAAUCGAUAAAAAACGCAGUGAAAUUCCUUGCUACUGGGAGAAUCAGCCAGUAGGCUGUCAAAAAUCCAACUGUGCUUUUCAUCACACAAAAGGACGUUAUGUUGAUGGACUCUUCUUACCACCAAGCAAAACUACGCUUCCAAGUCCACCUGAGUCUGCAGAAGAUGAUGUGAAAAUGGCUCAGAUGUCACUGCAGCAAAACAAACUUUCUGUCCAGUCCAAUCCCUCUCCACAGCUGAGGGGGGUGAUGAAAGUGGAAAACUCUGAAAAUGUCCCAAGUCCUACACAUCCUCCAGUUGUAAUCAACGCUGCAGAUGAUGAUGAAGAUGAUGAUGACCAGCUUUCUGAAGAAGGAGAUGAAACUAAAACACCUGCCCAGCAACCAGCUACAGAAGCCCAUAAUGGAUUGCGGAUAAUUUCCACUAGGAAAUCCAAUGCUAAUACAAAACAAGAUGACAAUUUAAAUUUCGGAAUAAAAACACUUGAAGAAAUCAAAUUGAAGAAACUAAAGGAAAAAACAAAAAAACAAGAAGGUCCUUCGGGAGUUUCUGUUCAUCCGCUCCAAUCUCGGACUAUUCCUGUGCCAGAAAAGGAAAAUGUACGGACAGUAGUGAGAACUGUGACUCUGUCUACAAAGCAAGGGGAGGAGCCUGUGAUUCAACUGAAUCUUGCCGAGAGACUGGGAAAGCGGAAAGCCUCCAUAGCUGGUAAAACUGUCCUUCCACUAAAGCGCAACCUUGCUGAAAGGCUGGGGAAGAAGAUAGAGAUUCUGGAGAAUGCUGACAAAGCACCAAAGAGAGUUCAAGUCCCCAGGUCUCUGAAGGAGAGGCUAGGAUUGCCGGCUGAACAGACCAGUACAGAGACAGAGAAGGCUGCUAAGCCAACAGGAGAGAUCCAUGUGAAAACACUGGAGGAAAUUCGUCUUGAGAGAGCUAAUCAGAGACGAGGAGAAACACAAGCAAAACCCCAGACUGAAGGACGUUGUAAAACAGAAGAUCCCAGCUUGGGGGCAAGACCUUCCCCUGCAGUUCGCAUCAAAACUUUCUCAGGAGCCCUGGCUGAAAAAAACCACAAGCGAUUGGAAGAAGAGAAGCAAAAAACGGAAGAGUUUCCUACCAAGACAAAAGUUGAGAGUGAGCCCAAGAAGCAGAGCAUACUUGCUCCAUCUGUGCCCAUCAAAGUGCAGCUGGCAGAGCCGGCAGGUAAAGCCAAGCCAGCAGGAGAAGUGCGUAUUAAAACCUUGGAAGAAAUCAAGCAGGAGAAAGCUCUGCGGAUGCAGCAGAGCGGAGAAAAUGCGCCAGCUCCACCAGCACAACCUGAACCUGCCCCGACAGGGAGGAGAUUGUUACGGAUCACAAAGCUAAUAGCACCUGGAAGAGAAGAAAAGAAGAUAGUGGAAUUGAGCAAGCCUUCUCCCAAAGCUGUCUCUGCACCUGCAGAGCCCUCUGAUCAGAGUGCAACUAAUUCUAAAGUUCAAGUGAAGAGCCUUGAAGAGAUAAUGAGGGAGAAGCGGCAACUGAAACAACGCCAAGAAGAGAAGCUUCAGAAGGAAGCAGCUGCUGUGCCAUCUCCGGUUGAAAAAGCAAUCAAGGAUAAAACUCCAGCAUCAGGGAGUCCUGAAUCCACCGUGGUUUCAGGGUCAGCUUAUCAACUUGGGAAGAGGAUAUUGGUGAAAUCUCCAGAUGAUGGGGUUGAAAGCCCAGGAAGUGAUGCUGCUGUAUCACCAGGGAAACAGGCAGCUCAACUUCUGGAACGGAAGGCUAAAACCAAGUCUAAGGUGUGCCUGAAGCCUUCGGAUGGGAAAGCCACCUCCCCCACAAAGCAGACACUGAAACGUAAGGCAGCUGAGAGUCAUCCCUCUGCCGUGGCGGCUGUGAAACCACUGAGUACCACUGGUGGUGAUACGAAGGAGCCUUCAGCUAAAAAAGCAGCUGUGGCCGUUAUUCCUGCUUUGCCAGAGGACAGCCUGGUCUCCAUACCUGGGAGAGAGAAACCUAAAACCAGUCCUGAACUGCAUAUUGGAAUCCAGGCAGACUCUGCGGCACAGUCGGAGGUCUCAAGCUCAACUUCCACUUCUUCACAAGUAGCAGUAAAAACACGCCGGUUGAGCUCCACAGGGGCUGGGAAAACACCCUUAUCUGUAGAAGAUGACUUUGAGAAGCUUAUUUGGGAAAUCUCAGGAGGCAAACUGGAAGCAGAAAUUGACCUGGAUCCAGGGAAGGAUGAGGAUGACCUCCUCCUGGAACUUUCUGAAAUGAUUGACAGCUGAACUGCAUAGUCUUAAGGUUUAAAAAAAAAAAAAAAAAAAAAAAUUUAAAACUGUGUAUUUUGGACACCCGGAGGUGAUCCUUUCUCUAGCUGAGGCUUUGCAAUGAGUCUUAAAGCACAGUUGAACUGGUAGAAAUUGGCAGUAUCUGCACUCAGUUGUCCUAAAUUUCCCUGCUGGUCAGAGUCAAGGUCGUGUGCAUCCUUUCUGUAACUAUCGGUGGCUACCUUCGACGUUAAGAGGACAAAGCACUUGUUUAUUUCGGGACAGAGAGAUGCCCAUCUACAAACUGUGGUGGUUGUGAACUGAUCUACUGAUUCAGUGAUGCUCUGAAGGCUUAAACUUAAAGCUUCUUCCUUCCUCCCCCUUUGGCAAAACUCAAUGUUCAGCGCGUUUCAAAGCUUUGAUAUUCUGAUUUCUUGGACAGUUGAUAUCUAAAGCCUGGAGUUACUAUGUCAACUCUUGAGUUUUAGUUAUGUAUGCUAUCAUUUUGACUUCAGUCUUUUAGGGUAACUCUUGAGUUUUAUUUAUGUAUGCUAUCAUUUUGACUUUGAUCUUUAGGGUAACUUAAUGAAAAUGUCGGGGUGGGAGGGAGCAGAACAAUUACUCUAGUAUUUUGGACCAAACGUGCUGCCAGGGGUGGUGGUUGGGGUUAGUCCAUCCAGCCUUACUUUGAAUUAUCAGGGAUGAUAACAGUAUCAGUGUGAAAAGCAGCAGCUCUACAGUACAGCUAGAAUGCCCGCCUCCCAUUUUGUUGUACUGUACCGAAGCUUGGGGGGGGUUGGUGCUUUUUUCUGAUGUGAAUAGGGUUCUGGGGUGGGUAGUCAGGAUUCCUCUUGUAGUCUGCAGUAAAUUGGUAAGGUAAGAAUGAGUUCAAGUGCCUCUCGGUUCCGAGAAUCGCUCCCCCGAGCUGCUGGCUCAUCUUCUGUCGGGAAACGGCGGCUGCUCGGACUCGCGUUCAAAUGCUGUCGGCUUUGCCUGACCUCCCGCCGGCCGUGUGGCACCAUCCUUGACACCGACCCAAGGGGGAGCGUGUGCCCAGGCCGGCUAUCUUGGAACCUGGUACUGCUGCAGGACCAACCGUGCUCUCCUUUUUGGGCGUGCCCCCGGGGAUCCUCCCUCUGGCCUCCCCUGCACCCCCGCCCCACCGCUGGGCCUCGAGCUCCGUGGAGGAGUACUGGCUGGAGGCAGGACUGGAGGUUACUGGUCUGCCUCAGGCAUCCACGUCCAGUCUGAAUUGGUGACCCUGCAGAAAAUGGCUGAGACUGGGGUGUAUUGUGUACCCUGCCACCAGUGAUCGUUUUCCGUAGCAGAUACAUUUUGAAUUAUUUUUUAAGACCUUUAGUCUCUUCCUCCUAUGAUUUGUGAAGCUGUAGGGGCCCUCAGGCAUUUGCUGCUGGCAGAGGAAAAAUGAGUUGUUUUGAGUUGAUUGUAAAUACUUUCUCUUUGGAAGAAAACACUUGUGUGCUUUGAUAAUCCACUGUCAUGUCUUAGUUCCUAGAGGAAAGGUUUGAAACCAAAAUUUAGAAACCUGCUGUUCCGGCUCCAGAAGGGUCACCCAGCCCCAAGCUGCCGACCCUUUAUCCUGCUGAAGGACUUUUCUCCCGCUGAGGCUUCUGCCGGUGUCGCUCGCUCGCGUGCAGACAGGAGCGACGUUGGGAGAGAGGAAGAGAGUGCGAGAGCCCGGCGAGGAAGGCUUCCCUGCUUCCCUCCUCCUGCUCUGUCGUCAGCCUUUGCCGCCCCUGGCCCAGGUUCUGUCCGUGCAGACGGGAUUUGGUGUACGCCAUGGUUUCUGUAAAUAUUUUAUUCUUCCAUUUUAUAUUUGUGUUCUAUUUAAGGUAUUGUAUUAAACGUAGUCUGGCCUCCUCCGCCUUCACCCCUAGUUGAAUUGUUCCCUAUGACAGCAGCUAACAGUGUUUUUAAAUAAACCUGCCAUAAGAGA